ACGACUGUACUCUCCCUACUUUACAAUAGUCAUGGUUUAUUGAAGGGUGCUGCACACAUGGAAGUUUACAAUAAGUUUACCACUGGUUGUGGUGAGUAUAAUGUUAAAUGUUCUCUCCCUCCGCAGGUCUGGGAAGAACAGUGUUCAAACUCUUUCAGCACCCUUCGCUGGCCAUUGUGAAGGCUGCUGGACUCAUCAUGAAGGCCAUCAUUGAGGAGGGGACGCCGGAGAUGGCAAAGAAGAUGCAGGACCUGGCGCUGGCAGAGGGAGCUCUCCCCCGGCACCUCCACACCUCCCUCUUCACCGCUUCCAGCGACAACAGACUCCUCACUCACAGGUAAGAGGUCAACUCCUGACCACACCCCUCUAUCGACAUGUGUAAGGCUACAGCAAGCUCACAUUGAAACCCUGCCUUGUACAGGUUAACCAGC